UAAACAAUAUGGCUGGCAAAGAAUGAAGUUUUGACUUAUUUGAAGUCUUUUCUAUAAUUUAAAUCAUUUACAAAUAUUUCCAAGGGAAAAUACUAAUCUAUGACUUUGGCAGUAAAGUUGCUUUUAAAAGUGAAUUGGUCUUAGAAAUACAAAACACUGUCAGUACAAAGAAUAGCCAGAAAUAAGAACCAUCCAGAAAAUUCCUGUUCACCAAUAAAAAAUUGUUUUAAGUGUCGAUCAUGUUUUCCAAAGCACAUUUAAUAAUUGAAAGAGACUAUACAAAAUUUCUAAAUGAUCCACCUUGGGGUAUUGAGUUGUUCCCCUUACAGGAUGAUAAUAUUUAUGAAUUUGUUGCUAAAAUUAGAGGUUUAAAAAACACGAUAUGGGAAGGAGGUUUAUUUAGAGUUUAUAUCAGAUUUGAUGAGAAUUAUAAUUUACAUCCACCAUCUUUAUGUUUCCACAGUAUUCCAUUUCAUCCUAACAUUGAUGCAAUAACAGGUCGACCGUGUGUAGAUUUUUUACAACCAGAGAACUGGGAUAAAAGUUAUUCUCUAUCGUUUGUGUUAUUAUCCAUACAGUCAUUAUUAUCCAAUCCUAACCUGAGGAAUGCUGUUAAUGUAGAAGCUGUAACCAUGAUCAAUGAGAAUCCUAAAAGAUUUCGUCAGGUGGCGGCUAAUUGUGUUGCUGCUAGUCAGAGAUUAGAGGAAAAAAAUGCACCACUUGAAGAUCCUAGAAAUAUAAAACCAGUAGAACCUAAAUAUAUAGAUGAAAGUAAACCUGUUAAACCUACUAGAAAAAUUAGUAAAUUAUCUUUUGAAGAUUAUUAUUCAACUUGGUGUGGUAUAGCUACCUCCAAAUCUAAACCCUCAGAUACUAAUCCAUUAUUAGAAAAUUUAAGAGAUAGACCUGAAUUACAGAAAACCCACAUGGCAUUACCUCAACAUGAUAUAGAAGAACAGAUCAAACGACAAGUAGAGGAACACACAAUGUUGAUGUAUGGAAAAUUUACUUCUAAACCUACAUUCGAAGAAGAAAAAGAAGCCAAAAUAGCCAGAUUACAAAAAAUGAAGAAAAUAUAUCUACCUCCACGAGUUUCUCCUUUACCUACGUCUCAAGACAUUCUUCUAGAACAUUCUCUACCCUCUCUCCAUGCAAAAGAGGAAUCAUGGGAAAAAGAAGUAGAUGAUUUAGUGGCAUGGACGAGUAAUUUAGACACGGAGGCUAUUGAUUGAUACAUGACUAAUUUCUUUAUAUUUAUAUUUAAAAAGCGUUUUUAUAUACCAUCUUCAAAGCAAUAAAAUUUAUUUUAAAAAGA